AUGGCUGAUACGGCCAAUCAAAAAGAGGCUCAACUGAAGUGGGCCCGUUUGCGCUCGAAGUGGCAGCAGGCAUGCAAGCUGCCUGGCCAUGGGACUUGGCUGGAUGUGAAGCUCGCACCUUGGGGUGUUGGGUGCAAAGCUUGCAAAGCAGCUGGACUCACAGGCAGCCUUGCCCAGUACGGGGUGAGGACGACAGCUGGCCUCCAGAUGCAGAACUUCUUGAAGCAUCAGAAGAGCGCAAGCCACAAGGAGGCAGUGUCACAGUUUGUGGGCGGUUCCAGCUCCACUGCAGUUGGAGCUCCCCCACCUCAGAGCUUUCAAGCACUUAUAGACGAGAGUUCGGCUGGAAGGCCUCCUGGCUGCAGAAAGAACAGGCAAAUGACUUUUUGCUUGGCUGAAGCCGCAAAAGCUCUAGACCAGGACUUCGUGGCCAAGGCUUCAAAGGUGUGUCUUUUCAGAGACGAGCGAAAAGGACGGUUGCUGCUCAGAUUCCGGGCUGUUGACAAAAACCUGCUUGUCCGAAGUGGCACCAUGGGGUUGGCUAUCCAGCCAGGCACAGGGGCGAGGAACAUUACUGAAGCGACUCGAAAGAUCAUGAAACGAUUUUGCACACGCUUCGCAGGCUGCCCCAACUCAUCACGCAAAGACAAGAAGGCAAAACCUUUCCUGAAAGUGAAACUCUUCAAGCACCUUACAGAGUCUGUUACUUGCAUCGCAGUUGACGCCGCCGCAGAUGAAGUUCUGAGCUCUGAGCUCAUGCGUGCUUCGGCGUGGAACGGCAGCCAACAGAAGCUGACUCCCAAUCUUCGCUUCGUGGUUCGUGACAAGGCACACGCCAGUCGCCGAAUUACGUCUCGUCCUUGGAGUGCGGAUGAUGUGCUUAAAGAUGUUAUGCAGUUCAUGUGCGGCGGCCGGCAUUCUAUUGCUAAGUUGCUUCAAUUUAGCGAAGAAAUCAAGCGUAUAUUCGUGGAAUUUACAACGAGCACCGACACGGUGCUAAAGCGGGCAGUCUCCGAUUUUCGUGCUGCUGCACAUCGCUUCGAAUCACACGCUAAACCACUUGGCCGCACAUGCCUCUACAUUCAUGCUUGUAUCAGAACAGCUCUGCGCCUUACCAAGACUCGCAGCGACGCAAGUGGGCAAAAGGCAAAGGCAUGGCUCUUGUGGCUGUCGGAAGAACGGGCUCUUCUGGCAGCGAUGUUGGCUGAUGCGGCCGACUCGUCCAUUCGGCUGACUCGGCUGAUGGACACUGAGAGCGUUGAUCCGGCCAUGCUGUGCCGCGAGGUGUCUUUGUAUAUGUCUUCUGUGAAGGGACUGUUCCUGCAUGGUGCUUGCUUUACGGAAUUUGGCUUUACAUCGACGAUGUUGGAGACACUGAAAACACCCAUCGUUUUUCAGUUGGGUUCUGAAACGAAAAGCUUUGGUGACAGCAGCGGUGUGCCCGAGGAGAUCAAAAAGCGGUGCCUGGCCAGGAUGCAAGCAUGGCUUAAACUUGCUGAAGCGGCGGUAGCUGCGGAAUUUCCUUCCUUCGAGAUUGCUCAGGCUUUCGACGUGUUCGACCUCAGCGGUGGCUCUCACAACGCCGACGAGAAGCUCCAGCGGGUCGCCAAAGCCUGCAACCUGGACGAGCAGGCGCUGAAAGCACAGUGGCGGGAUGUUUAUCCACGCGCCGAGAGGCUUCUGAAACAGAGCACGGACAUGAAUGCCAAGAACAAAGAUGCAUGGGCCUUGGCUUUGGACCGUUUAUGCCAACAUCACUAUACGAAAGGCCAACACCCGGUCGAAAUCCUCAGAGAAGCAUUGAUCCAGUACUUUUCUUUUGGGGCCAGCAGUUCCGGUGUUGAACAAAGCUUUUCAAAGUCCCAAUGGGGCUUUGGCACACGCAGAAAUUCUGCUCUUCAUUCCACUGAGGAAUUUUCAGUCAAGGCUUUACUUGACCUUCCGGCUGUUGCGGCCUCGCAAAAAGACCGGCUGAUUCGGCUGGCUCGGCUGACCUGGGUGAGCUGCUUCGGCCAGUCAAGGUCAUCAACGGCUGAAAGGGUAGACAAAGGCAGCAAAAGAAAAACCGAAGACGACGAAGAAGCUAAGCCUGCAACGGAGGCUGCUUUUUUGCGCAAGCGCCGACGUGGUGAGGCGCUGGCUGCUGGGCGCAUGGAAGGCAACUCUGAGGUUGCUCUUGACCUGCACGAGCAAGUUUGGACACAAAAGCACCAGAAGGAACUGGAAUUUCAACAGAGGAAGAGGAAGAUGCGAAAGCUUCAAGCCUUCUCCGAGAAUUCUUUGCUGCAACGCGAAAUAGAGGAUGGUAUGCAGCAAGCUGCCUGGGCAGGAAAGAAAGUUUAUCUGGCUGUUCCGGCCAAUAUGCACUUAGUGCAGGGAAUAUCAGACAUGGGCCUUGCGGUCACGAACCAAGGCGCGGUACUGAAGAGGCGGGCGGCUGCUGCGAUCAAGCGAGUGCUCAUUGUGUCCAAGGCAUGCGCCAAAAAAUGUCCUAAGUUCUGGAGAUUCCUGCGAAGCUGCCUGCCGGAAAAUCACAAGUGGACAAUGGCCAAAACGGCUUUGUCCGCCAUUCGAGCAGCACACGGACGCUUCCCGAAGAAAAACGUCUGGGUUGUCGUCCUUCCCGGCCAGCGAAAUCACCAGGACAUUCAAGGGCUCCCGAAUGUGUUCACGAUGCGGUCGUUGCCAAAGCGCAUCUGCAACAGCUUUGACCCCGGCCUCUCCAGAAGUGGCUCUGCGCUGACGUGCUUGGACAGCGCCUGGCUGGCCUUGAAACGCAUGAAAGUAAAAGCUCAGCUUUGCUUUAACAGUGACAGUGAUGCUAACUGCAAAAAGCUGCUGCAAAAGAUCCACAAGCCUGAGGCCUUUCACGACGACAUUGCAGCCAGGAAGCCGCAAAGUGAACAGUACGUGGACCUCUACGUAACAACACCGCCAUGUCAGCCGUUUUCCAUGGCUGGACAAAAGAAAGGCCUCAAAGACAAGAGGGGGCAACUGCUAAAAUUUAGCGUUGCUUUUGUCUCUCGCCAAAAGCCAAGAGUGGUGGUGCUUGAGAACGUGGCAAUGUUCGCAAGUAAAAAAUUCAAGCCAGUAACCCGAGGACUGCAGCGAGCGUUCAAGAAGCUUGGCUACGUUUGCUUCGCGCGAGUCUUGAACAGCGCAGACUUCAAGGUCUCGCAAGCCCGUCGUCGUUUCUUCUUAGUUGCGAUCCGGAAGGACAGCCUCCACCAUCCCUUUCACUGGCCGCAACCUGUGGGAAAAAGAAACUUGGAGGAUGACUUGGACCCAGCGAGGCCAAGCGACCGGCCCGGGCGGCUGCCGAAGACGAAAAGGGCUAGAGACCUUGCGUUGGCUGCUUACGGCCAAGUUUGGAAGAAACAAAAGCUAGAUCCCAGACAGGUCCCAGUUGCCGUGGACAUUGACUGCUCUCCCCGAUUUGCUUCCUACGGCGUGAACCAAUUGAAAACUUUGACAAAAUCAAGAGGCAGCUGUGGCGGCCACUGGCUGUCCAACCGAGGCCGCAAAAUGACGAUCAAUGAAUUGAUGCGAGUGACGGGUAUCAACCCCAUCGAACUCCGUGGCUACAAAGAAGAAGGCAUCAGCGAUGCUCAACUCGGCGGCAUGCUGGGUAACAGCAUCCCUGUGCCCCUCAUCUUAGGAGUGCUGACGCAGGCCAUGAAAGCAGGAGGCUUGUUGUUUGUGCCCAAAGGACAAAAGGAGACUUAG